CUGCCCUCUGUAAUCAUGAGUCUCCCUCUGUCAUCAUUGCGACGAAAACCCUCUGUCUCUCUCUCUCUCUCUCUAGCAUGAUCGUGACGGUGAAUAACACUGGCGAACACAUUUGCUCCAGCUAUAUAUGUCUGACUCUCUCCGUCCCUUCUUUCCUCAUCACACGGUGAGUCGCGGACGACCGGUUCUUCUAUAGCCGAACGACCCCCCAUCUCCAUCAAUUCAUCACUCUUCUUGCCCCCCCUUCCUCUGUCUCGGACGUGGUUGAACAUGUGCACGAAUUCCUCGAAGUGGAGUCUCCGUCGGCGGCAGUUGAAGCACCGUAAUCUUCGCGUUCUCGCGCUAAGCAGGAAGAGGAGGACAAGGAGACCACCGAAGGAAGAGAAGGAGACGAAGAGAUGGCUGGUGGGUGCGAAGGAGGAGAUGGAAAUGAAGAACCUGAGGCUGUACAUGGAGAACCAGAGCAUCAUGGAGGCGAACGAGAGGCUGAGACAGAGAGCUCUGUUUCUCCAUCGAGAGAACAGGGCUCUGUUCAUUCAGCUCGAGAGCAAGUUCACCCGCCAAGCCAGCUGAAACCCGACUCUCAGGACCUGCACACAGCACAAAAAAAUCGAAUGAAUCGACCGCAACGGUGAUCAAACGAUCGACCUUUAUGAAUUCUAAACUAAAGUAGCGUUAGGGUGUGGGGAUGGAAUAAAGGAAAUCCACACGGCUCUGCUUUUUCUGGGUGAGCGUUUUCAUAUAAAUUUUUGCCCGUAGUCUGUUUUAUCAUCCGUAGUUCUCUAGUGUAGCAAUCGAGCUAGCAAGCACUAAGUUGUAUUUGAUCCAUACGAAGGUUGAUUUCCAAGUUUAACUUCCAAA